AUGCGCUUAGUGGGUAAGAACUCGUAUCCAGUAUUAGGUAGGUGCAUAAAAGCUGCGAGCGAGUCAUCAAACGACAACGUCGGUGCAACGAAGCGAGCUGGAGAUAAGGAACUGUUUACAAUGUUUGAGUCAAUGUCCUCCUCUUGCGUGCCGACAGGGAAAACCUUGGAGUGGCACCUUAACGUACCUUCCGACACAAAAACAACCUUCAAGAAUACUGUUCAGGGUGAUGAACCGACAUACGAAUAA